UAAUACACCAGGAAAUUGUCAGUUCCAGGUAGAGGGAGAUGAUGAUGUAUGACUGCUCGGCAGCUCUAGGCUACCUGAAACGCUGACCUUGCUUGACAUGCUGUUAGCAUCUCUUCAGCAGGCCUUUAGGGGAAAUCUGAUAAAUGAGCUGACCUUUAAGCCGGUGUCUGAUCUGUAAAGGGAAAAGAGAUUGAUGGGUUCUUAGAAUCUGGUGUCUUGCCAAUGUGUGCAUUUCUGACACUGAUCAGCUUUUGGUGAGGUAGGCAUUCUUGCUGUACUGCUGAAACCUAACCUAUAGAAAGGGGGAAAGAACCACUUGAAUUUUUUAAGAAGCAAAUCUGCUAACACGGGAGGGAAGAAUUUUUAAGUAUGUGUGUAACCUUUGUCCCUAGAAGCCUGAGUGAUCAAGAAUCAAACUUUUAACAGAAAGGCCUAUGAGCUGGAUUCCUCUUAAAAUACAGCUGUACUACUUUAAUUCAGAGUGGUGGGGGAAUGAACGCUAUCAGCAAGGAGGCUGUUCUCUUCCGAUUUUCCUAAAGAAUGAUAAACUAAUCCUUAGAACAGGUAAUUCCAAAACCAGUCUUCCCCAAACUCUUAUUAAAGAAGGUCAGCUAAAUGCACUUUAUCUUAUUGCUGCUACUUAUUUUUCUCAUUGUGUUAUGUUGAUGGAGCUCUUCAAAAUACUCUUACCAGUGAGUUUUCUCUCUGCUGUAUUUAAGGUGAUAAAUUUGCAUGAAUUAUUCCUGUAUCAAUGCUGUAAACAAUGGAAACCAAAAUAAAAAUGAAUUGGAAAAAUAUUUCUCCCGAUGCAUUCUGCAUGUCGCGAUACAAAGCCUUCGAGAGAAAAUGUUUUCAUAGGAUGGAGUUAGAGCACCUGAAGAGGCUGCGUCAGGCCAACCAGGACCUUCUACAAAGGCUCAGAAUGAAGCAGGAAGAGCUCAGAAAAAGACUUCCCAGCAAGCCACUCUUCCCAGCAUCUCUUCGUAGUAGAACAGCUACUGAAAGAUCAGUCCCCUUGCCCACGAGAGGGAAGGAAAAUCAGGUCAAUGCUGUGAAGUCUACAGCUGAGCCUACAAUGUUGGUGUCUGUGGAACCCAGAGCUUACGCAGCCAGAGAAGCCCUCUGUUCGUCUCUUAAACACAGCAGCAAUGACAGAGGGGUUCAGCAACAACAAGCAAAGAUGCAGGAAGCAGUAGGUUUGGAUUCCAGCUUUUCUGGGAAAGAGAAUGUUAUGUCAGUGUCGGCAAUCAUUACGUGUGGCAGAGAAACCUCCAGAGUGGAUAGGGAUGGCCGUGCUCGAGGAAGUCUGGAGGAAGAAUCCUUCCUUCUGGGACAUGGAGAGAACAGAAAACAGUCCACUCUGCUACAUGGUCUCCAUGAGAAAAAACAGCUUAAGGGGCAUCUGGAGCCAUCACUGAGCCACAUACAAAGUGAAGAGACCAGCAAGCAGCACGUGGUCAUUAGAGAGCCCACAGUCUGUAAAUCAACCUUACUGACAUCUCAGUCCAAAGAGUUGAAGGUAAAUGCUGGUCAUAUGACUUUUCAGUCUGACCCUGAAGACUAUACCAUGCCUGUGAGCAGCUGGUCCAUGCGUCCUUUCCUGGGCUAUGACUGGAUUGCAGGACUCCUAGAUACAGACUCUUCAGUAGCAGAAAAAUCGGAUCAAUACUUUGCUGAGCUGCACAAGUUCCGACAGGCCAACAAAGAAGCCUGUAUUCACGAGCAGCACCUGGAGCCCAAGGCUCUGGAUUACAUAGCUUCUGAACAAGAACCAGAUUUGAUAACCAGUUCCCAUAAGUGUGUUUACUGUUAUCGAUUAAACCAGCGCCUCUUCACUGUCCCUGUGGAUUCAGAAUCUGCCUGCCCCAUGUGUAAGAUCCCACGUACUCACCAGCCCCCAGAGGUACUGGAGGAGCCAGCCUAUGUCAGGGUCAGCAUUCCCAGGUCUACUCUUAAGCCUGCGUACAAAUACAAAGCCCAUCGCAGGAAGAGCUUUGAACCAGCAGACAAUCUAGCAUUACCUUCGCAUUGCCUGGCUGGCUGGAAAAAUAUCAUCCCUUCCAGCAACCCCACGCUCAGCAGUUUGGAUCUGCGAGCUUCACUGGAAGAGAAGCCUUCUCACCAUCCUCGCCUGAACUCGGUGUCCAGAGUGUCAGGAGGAACCCGAACUGACCAGCUUCUGAACCUCACCCACUUGACACACUUCACAUUUAGCAGUGCUUCUCAGCAGAGGGAACAAAACAAACCUGGAUGCUACAGAACAGCUCCAAAUUUAAAUCUGACUGCCUCAACUCUGUGAACCACUGACUUGAUUGCCCUGGGGAAGGGAUGGGGACAGGGUGUGGAAACAACUCUAUUUGGAUAAAAAUAAAUCUUUGAACAGAUAUUUCCUAGUUUUCAUAGUCGUGCACAUAUGUGAGCAACCAAUAUGCAUAUACAAGAGUUUGUACAUUCAGCUAUGUUUUUUCACUUUUCUUUUUUGCUUUUUGCAGCUACUCCUAAGCAGAUGCAUGAGCUUUCCCACCUAGGGCUGGAUAAAGUGAUGUGUACAGGAUGACUGACUAGUACUGUUACCACUAGGACAGCCGUAGCAACAGAGUUCAUCUGCCACCUCACCUAAGUAAACCAGAAGUGUAAUGUUAACUCUGAAUGCCAGGGUGAGGAAUUGGCCUGUUGAUGGCCUGGUUCAGUGGAAUGCAUACAAACAUGUUCAUUUCCAAAUGUUUGAAACAUGACACAUAAUUUGCUAGUGCCUUAAACUUGAGUUACUCAAUAAUUUAGUUAAAACAAAAAAAAUCCAGUUUAUUUUUGGUGCAAUGUCUGUAGCUACAGGGUGCAUUACAUCAGAGUGAUUAUGAAUGUGAAAAAGCGUGUUGAAGUAAAAUGAGAUCUUAUUCAUCAAAAAGCUAGAUAAUGCCUUAAAAUGUUUGCAAAUUAUGCUUGACUCUGCUUUUCCAAGUUUUUUGGAGAUAAACCAAGAAAUAUUUUGGAGUUUUUAAAUUGUACCAAACCAAAAUAUAUUAUAUAGUUUGGUUGUUUGAACUUUAUAGACUGAUCUUACUUUCCUUGUCUAAAAACAAUAAAACUGAUGUUUUAUUUUGCCUUGAAUAAGCCUGCAACAGAAAUUCCUGCCUUAAGAAUUCUGUAAGUUAUUGUGAAAUCUUUACUAGCAAUUGCAUUCAGAAACUUUGGAUCAAACUUAUUUCUGGGAGCUAACU